GAGAUGGGCUCAGCAUCCCGUCCUGUAGGAGUGAAGAGGGUCUCUCACAAGAGUGAAAUACAGAAACUGACGACAACAUGGGCUGUCUGCAUGUCAGAGGGAUUUUUCUGGCAUUGUCUUUGGCUACAAUGGCAUCUUCAAGUCUGCACCCUGAGUGUGAGUUCAUAUUUCAGCUGGAAAAAGAGGAGCAGAACUGCCUUAAGUACAUAACAGAGCAGGAGAACAGCAGCACAGAAGGCUGUCCUCCAUUCUGGGAUGCAGUCUUGUGCUGGCCUCAUGCAGUGGUUGGAGAAACAGUCCACAGAGCUUGUCCUGCGGUCUUCUCCCUCUUCAAAAACAACACAGGUUCAGUUAGUCGUAACUGCACAGCUGAAGGAUGGUCCAGACCUUUCCUGCCCCAUCACAUUGCCUGCAAUGUGGAUGCUGACAUCCCUGAGACUGAGCACUCAUACUUCACCACAGUGAAGCAGAUAUACACUGUUGGUUACAGCAUCUCUCUCAUCGUGCUCACUGUUGCUGUGUUGAUCCUGUUGCUCUUCAGGAGGCUGCGUUGUGCCAGGAACUUCAUCCACAUCCAGCUCUUCGUCACGUUUAUCCUGAAGUCAGUGGCGGUGUUCAUAAAAGAUGCUACUCUGUUUUCAAGUGACGACACCAACCAUUGCACCCUCUCCACAUUUGCCUGCAAGGCUUCUGUGGUCUUCUGUCACUACUGUGUGAUGGCAAACUUUUUCUGGCUCCUGGUGGAGGCACUUUACCUCAAUUCUCUGCUGCUUUCGUCUUUCUAUCACAGCCGUCGCUGCCUCUGGGGAUUCAGCCUGCUGGGAUGGGGUGUUCCUGCGCUCUUCAUCAUCCUAUGGAUUGGAUCCAGGGUUUACUUUGAGGACACAGAAUGCUGGGACAUCAACGAGGACUCGCCAUAUUGGUGGAUCAUUAAGGGGCCCAUUGUUGUGUCCAUUGCGGUAAAUUUCAUGCUCUUCAUGAACAUCAUCAGAAUCCUGAUACAGAAGCUCAAUCCUCGGCUGAUCCAGUUCAAUAAUUCGUCUCAGUACAGACGUCUGACUAAGUCCACCCUCCUCCUUAUCCCUUUGUUUGGAACUCACUACAUGCUCUUCAAUUUUUUGCCUGACUACUUUAACAUCAACCUGCGCCUCUGCAUUGAGCUCUGCAUGGGUUCAUUCCAGGGGCUUCUUGUUGCAGUUCUGUACUGCUUUCUCAAUCAGGAGGUCCAGAAAGAGGUUCACAUGCAGUGGCUGAGGUGGCAGGAGCGAAGUUAUGGUGUAGUGUCACCCGCUGCGAAGGGUAGUCAGAUGGACACACCCUUCUAG